AUGACCGGGCUCACGACCGUCGACCGCGGCAACGGUGAGCUCUUCUGGCAAGGCCGCCUGACCAAGCCGGCCCGCAUGCUCAACCACGUCGGAGUUGUCAUGCAAAACCCGGGCCAGUACUUCCUGUGCCCCACCGUGCUCGAGGAGCUCACCAUGGGCAGGCCGACUAAGACCCCACAGGACGUGCGCCUCGUGCUCGCCGCCGUCGGCUUGCUCGACGUGUCGCUCAAAGCCCCGCCCAGGUCGCUCAGCGGUGGCCAGAUCAGACGCCUCGCCCUCGCGUCGCAGCUCAUGCGCGACCCGCUGCCGAGCCUCUUCGUCCUCGACGAGCCCCUGGCCGGCGUCGAUUGGACCGCAAGGCGCGAUAUUAUUAACUUCUUGGGCUCGUUAAAGUCCCAGUUUGCGAUCAUUAUCGUGUCGCAUGAACCGGGCGAUUUGCUCGAAUAUGCGGACAGGGUCGUCGAAAUCAGCCGGGAAGGUAUGCAUGAUCUUGAUAACGACAUCAUUCGGAAGGCCGUCCACAUCCGCACGCACCGCAAAGCAAGCGAAAGAGCCAAGGCAAUGGAGGAUGCCGCCCAGUACAUGAGAGACCAAUCGCUUGAAAACCCUCGUCCAUAG